AUGGGGGCACACCGGAGGCUACGUUUGUUUCACAAGAAGUCCUUCGAAAUUGAAAAAAGACAGAAAAAGAAGAAGCGUCUGUGGGGAACAACAAAUACGGCGGGUGGAGUGAGGACUCUGCUGUACCGUGGAGGAGGAAUUCUGUUGGUUACCGACUGCUUUCAUUACCUUCCACAUCUAAUGCAGGUCGGGACGUGUUUCCCCUCGUCGCAGUGUCACCGCUUCUGA